AGGAUACAAAGAUGAAAAGGCACCUCUGCUACUGAGUGAGUGGGAGACACGUAUCACUGACUGAACACAGUAGCAAGUAAUGAAACGUGAGUCCAGAGGCUGGAAAACAACCUGUACAUUAGCAGCAGAGGAAGCGUUCACAGAACUAGACUAGACAUUCUUUUUAUAGUUUGUAACUACAUAUAUAGCUAUAGCUUAUUGUACUAUAAUAAAGAUGCAUUUUGACUCGUCUAGUGCUUAGACCUCGAGACAUUUGCCUUUAAAUAUUGUGAUUUCUACACUAAAUGCAUCAAAUAAUACAAGUAUGUUGCAUAGAGAAAAUCCCCAAUAACCGUAACGUGGUCGUUUCCCAGAAUCCCCUGCUGUACUGUCCCCCGCCGACAGAUGUCGCCCUCCCUCUUGCCAGCUGUGCUGCUUCUGCUGUGACCCAGGCUCGGCUCGGGCUCGGCUCGGGCUCGGCUCAGGAUCGGGAACGGACGGACUUUCUUCGACAGCGUUCCCCGCCCGCCCGGACCGGUCACACUCAGCCCCGGGUCGUUGGUAGCGGACUGUGAGGUGUGUGAGGUCUGUGUGGAGCGACCAGCUGCUGUGCGCGAGCGUGCGUGCGUGCGCGUGUGUGUGUGUUGUGGGGGAGUUUUGCUGCAGAGGACUGGACUCAACACCGCGCUCGACACCAUGGCUGCUGCUCUCAACAUGCUCCUCAUCGCUCUUCAGAUCUUAACGGCACUGGCCCUGGAAUCAACCUCUGAACAAGCCCUGCCCCAGAGACGCCCAUAUCUCACUGGCUGUGUCUCCACCAACAUGGUGACUUUCCGGUGCACAUGGAAUGUUGGCUCCUACCAGAACCUCUCUGAGCCGGGAGCGCUUCGCUUGUUCUACAUCAACAAAAUAUCACCACAGUUGUCUUAUCAAAACUGGAGUGAGUGUCCUCACUACAGCACUGAGCAGCCAAAUGAGUGCUUCUUCAAUGAGAACCACACAACCAUUUGGACAUCUUACAGUAUCCAGCUCCGCUCAGGAGAUCAGGCCGUCCUCUAUGAUGAGAACCUCUUCCAGGUUCUUGACAUUGUGCAACCAGAUCCACCCAUUGAUUUGAAAUGGACGUUGCUGAAUGUCAGUCUAACUGGCACGUACUGUGACAUCAUGCUGAGCUGGAAGCCGCCCCAGUCAGCCGACGUGGAGACGGGAUGGAUGACGCUGCAGUACGAGGUUCAAUACCGUGACAUCAACUCGGACCUGUGGGAAGUGGUCGACCUUGAGAAAAGCACACAAUGCUCCAUUUAUGGCCUUCAAACUAAUGUGAAUUAUGAGGUUCAAGUCCGGUGUAAAAUGCUUGGUGAAAAGAAGUUUGGAGAAUUCAGUAGCUCAGUGUUCGUCCACAUCCCAUCUAAAGGAUCUCGAUUCCCAGUGGUAGCUUUGCUCAUCUUUGGUGCCUUGUGUUUAGUGGCCAUUCUGAUGUUAGUCAUCAUUUCACAGCAGGAGAAGUUGAUGGUGAUUCUUUUACCUCCUGUUCCUGGGCCUAAAAUAAAAGGAAUCGACCCUGAAUUACUAAAGAGUGGAAAACUGAGAGAGUUGACGUCCAUCUUGGGUGCCCCCCCUGAUUUGAGGCCAGAGCUGUACAACAGCGACCCCUGGGUGGAAUUCAUCGACCUGGACAUCGAGGAACACAAUGACAGAAUGUCAGACCCAGACUGUCUAAUGGAGCGAUCCGUUUCUUCCAACUGCUCUCCUCUCUCCAUCGGUUUUAGAGACGAUGACUCAGGCCGAGCCAGCUGCUGUGAACCAGAUCUUCCCUGUGACCUAGAAGCCUCAGCUUUCCACAGUCUCAUCCCAGUCCAGACCCUCAGUAAAGAUCCUACGUCCACAGGAGCCACUGAGAAAAGCCCUCUGGUUCUGGGCACAACCACUGCCAAGCCACCAGUUUCAGCUCUGGGCAGAGAGGCGAUGUACACCCAAGUCAGUGAGGUCAGGUCAUCUGGGAAGGUGCUGCUAUCGCCUGAAAACCAGACAGAGGUGGAAAAAAGUAAAGACAUUAUACCAGAGAAGCAGAAAAAGAACAAUGAGUUUGAGCAUGCAGAGCUAACUGCAAAUGAUGGGGGCUACACCUCGGAGAUCAAUGCAUGGAAAAUGAGCUCAAGACCAUGUGAGGGGGGCGUGAGUGAAUCCUACCACACAGCGUCACCGUCACCUUGUUCUGAAACAGAUAUUACGACCGUGUCCCCGCUGCCACCUCCUCCUGUCUACACCGUAGUAGAGGGUGUUGACAGACAGAACAGUCUCCUACUGACACCAAACCAAACACCUGCCCCUCAGCUGAUAAUCCCAAAGACGAUGCCAUCACCAGAUGGCUACCUGACCCCUGACCUGUUGGGAAGUGUCACACCAUAAGUACGAACAAAAAACAAAAUGAACUGUACAAAAUGGAGGAUUUGGAUCAAACUUGUGAACAGCUUGAUAUUAAAAUGCGGUGCCUGAAUGCCUACUGUAACACAGAUAGAAGGUGCAUCUGUACCUGUCCUGUCAUCACUUCAUCCUCCUCUGGCAGAAUGGUAAGGGUGGUUAAAAGGUUGUUAGUGGCAAAGAACGCUGCAGAGGUGGAAAGAGAAGUGUUCAUCGGGAAUGAACACAACCAAGACUUUAGUAGGUCAGUUGUCAUCAGUCUGACAUCUACUACACCGUCUUUCCAUCCUUUCAGGCUGCUUUGAUCUAAAUGUGUCUGCUAGAACACAUGAUGCUUAAAACUUGGUUUCGUGUAUUAAUGGUUCAUAAAAUACCUUUUAGCAGUGUGGUAGUAAACAGUUUCAUAUUGAAAGACAUGACAGUGAACAGCUCCUGUGUUUAUGUGAAAUCAGUGUCAGUCCAACUUUCCUUUUGCAGGCUGCUAUAUGUGUUGUACAUAAAGUAUUUUUUGUAAUUUGUCGUUUUAAGGGAGAAUAGGUCAUGUGCAUCUGUAAUAUUAACAAAUAAUAUUAAUGCAGCUAAGGUUCUAACACAUUUACAAUUACUUUGUUACCUAACUAAAACAUAAUCUGUAAAUCAUGGUUUAAAACAUGCUUGUGUUUGUUUGAUGCCCUGAAAUGACAGCAAACGGUAUUUGGGUCGUCAGAUGCUAAUAGACGCUAAAUCAGUAUUUCUUUAAUGCAUAAACGGUGCAUUUAAAAUAAUACACAGUAAUAAAAACUCGAGGUACGUAAUAACAA